AUGAAAGAACGCGACACCCAAAACAUGAAUGGCACACAAAUAGAGCUGGAUUCGUUGCCGACAACUGACAGUAUAAAACACGAACCUCCGAUACUCUACGGGGCGGGGAAUUGGAUCAAUGGGUUCAGACGCGCCGAGCCAAGACCUGGAUAUUUACCUACCGAUGCUCCCGAGAGGUUCUAUGAUUUGAGAGCCGCCAAUGCAAAAACGGCGAAUACUGCGCUGGCGAGGGAGUUGAAAGGGAGGCAUUUGCAAAUGAUUGCUUUUGGAGGUUCUAUUGGAACUGGUUUAUUCGUCGCUUCAGGCGGCUCAUUAUACAGAGGUGGUCCAGCCAGCCUUCUACUAUCAUAUGUCCUCAUCGGAGGCAUGCAGUAUUGCACGAUGCAAUCUUUAGGCGAGCUGUGUGUGGCCUUUCCAAUAGCCGGCUCGUUUUCGGCAUUUUCAACGCGUUUCCUAGAUCCAUCAUGGGGGUUUGCUAUGGGCUGGAAUUAUUGUUUGCAAUGGCUAUUCGUAUUGCCUUUGGAGAUAAUCGCCGGUGCCUUUACAAUAGGAUACUGGGACGAAACCAUUGACAGAUCCGUCUUUGUUUCCGUUUUUCUACUCACCAUAGUCGCUAUCAACCUAUUCGGUGUCAAGACUUAUGGAGAAGCUGAGUUUAUCUUUUCCAUCAUCAAGAUCACCGCCAUUGUUGGCUUCAUACUCUUGGCUAUUGUGAUCAACAUAGCUGGCGAGCCAGAGGGCCAUUACAUAGGCGGCAUGUAUUGGCGGAACCCAGGUGCGUUCAAGAACGGGUUCAAGGGCUUUUGCAGCGUCUUGGUGACGUCUGCCUUUUCAUUUACCGGGACAGAGUUGAUCGGUCUGGCCGCCGCCGAGACAGCUAAUCCUCGAAAGUCACUACCCACAGCGAUCAAGCAGGUCUUUUGGCGCAUCAUGAUUUUCUAUUUAGUGGCCCUCUUGCUCGUCGGACUCCUAGUGCCAUCUGACGACAGUCGUCUUGUCGGCGGUGAUAACGUCGCAGAUGCUACAGCGAGUCCCUUUGUUAUUGCGAUAGAGAAGGCUGGUACUUCCCUCCUCCCUGGAAUAAUGAAUGCCAUCAUCUUGAUAGCUGUUAUCAGUGUCGGCAACUCGGCAGUCUUUGGAUCUUCGAGGACAUUAGCUGCCUUGGCCGAGCAGUCUCACGCACCUCAUAUUUUUGCCUACGUGGAUCGACAAGGUCGCCCACUCAUGGCCAUCCUCUUUGCAUCUUGUAUAGGUCUUCUAGCAUUCCUUGCAGAUGUGAAAUAUCACGAUGCCAUUUUCAACUGGCUCCUAUCCAUUAGCGCUCUGAGCACUCUGUUCACCUGGGGUAGUAUUUGUCUCUGUUACAUCCGAUUUCGCGCUGCCUGGAGUCACAACGCACACACAAUCGAACAGCUGCCGUUCAAGUCAAAUGUCGGCGUUGCCGGAGCAUGGGUUGCCUUGAUAGGUUAUAUCCUCGUGCUCUUGUCCCAGAUAUGGAUAGCUGCGUCGCCGGUGUAUGCACCCGACAUUGUUGAUGGAGCCUCGGGUGUUGCACAGAACUUCUUCUUGAAGGUUCUGGCAAUCCCGAUCAUCCUGUUAUUCUAUAUAUGCCACAAGGUAUGGUAUCGCACGAAGAUUGUGCGGCUGGAGGAGAUGGAUGUUGAGACGGGACGACGGUAUUUUCGCGUCCACAUUAUGGCAGAGCAAGAGCGGGAAGAACGGUUAGGCUGGCCCAAAUGGAAGAGGUUUUAUUGGUUUUUAUGUGCCUAA